AUGGAACUUCAUCAGGCAGGACGCAUUCCGGCAAAUGCCUAUGUACUCGACCUUGAUGCGGUCGAACGCAACGCACGCCUUUUCCAACAUGAGGCGCAAAGACAUGGCCUGAAGACCUUCGCGAUGACCAAGCAGGUCGGACGGCAUUCCGGCUUUUGCCAGGCGGUCAUGCGCGGCGGCAUCAACCGGGCUGUUGCCGUCGACAUGGCCUGCGCGCUUGCCUGCGACCGGGCCGGUCUCAAAACAGGCCAUCUGGGACACCUGGUGCAGAUCCCCCGACAUGAAGCGGCCUAUGCCGGUACCAAACUGCAACCGGACUACUGGACCGUCUUUUCAGACACAAAAGCCGAGGAAGCUGCAUCGGCAGCACGCUCGGCGGGCCGCGAACAAAAUCUGCUGGCGCGAAUUCAGACCGAAGGCGAUACGUUUUACCGUGGCCAUGAGGGCGGGUUUGCGGCUGAAGACAUUGUCGCGAUAGCAGAGCGGCUUGAUAAUAUGGAGGGCGCUCGCUUCGCGGGCAUCACGACCUUUCCAGCGCUGCUGUUCGAUCUUGAGGCCCGCAAGGUAAAACAGACACCGAACCUGGCAACCCUCGGCCGGGCAGCGGAUGCCCUGGCGAAGGCCGGCAGGACCGGUAUCGAGAUCAAUGCACCCGGCACGACCUCCUCUGCCGUGGUCGCGGCACUGGCGGCAUCGGGUGCGACCCAGUGCGAACCGGGCAACGGGCUCCACGGCACAACGCCUCUGCAUGCGGUCGAGGACCUGCCGGAGGAUCCCGCUGUUCUCUACCUUUCCGAAGUCUCCCAUCAUCAUGGCGGCAAAUCCUAUUGCUUUGGUGGCGGUCUUUAUAUUGAUCCUGUUUUUCCGGACUAUCAGGUGCGGGCGAUCGUCGGUCCGGAACCGACAUCGGACCGGUCUGCGCUACGCGAUGUCGAGAUCCCCGAUUAUUCCGCCAUCGACUACUAUGCGAUGAUCGACGCCACCGGCCCGAGACCACCGGAGCCAGGUGACACGGUCAUAUUCGGUUUUCGCGGCCAGGCCUUCGUCACGCGAGCGCUUGUGGUCGGCCUCUCAGGUCUCCUGGCCGGGAGCGUUUCGUCAGUGAACCUACAAGCCCCCGUCCUUUCGCUCGCCAACAUUCACAAGGCUUUCGGCGGCAUUGUCGCGAUAGAGGAUUUUUCGCUCGAUCUACAUGCGGGCGAAAUCGUCGCGCUUGUCGGUGAUAACGGUGCCGGCAAGUCGACGCUGGUCAAGAUUGUUUCCGGGGUGCACCGCCCCACAUCCGGCGAGAUCCGCCUGGACGGCGAUCCCGUCUCCUUUUCAGACGCCAGUUCCGCACGCAGCUUGGGGAUCGAGGUGGUCUAUCAGGAUCUUGCCCUUGCGGACCAGCAGCCAGUCUACAUGAACAUGUUCCUCGGCCGGGAACUGAUCAAGCCGCCCUUCGGUCUGCUCGACAGGAAACGCAUGCACAGGGAAUGCCAGCAACUGGUCGAUGAGCUGGACGUGCGUAUUCCGUCCGCAGGGUCCGUCAUCCGGGAUCUCAGCGGCGGUCAGCGACAGGGAAUAGCAAUUGCGCGCGCCACGCACUGGGCAAGCAAGCUGGUGCUGCUGGACGAGCCGACCGCAGCCCUUGGUGUCGCGGAAACGGCAAAGGUGGAGGAACAGGUAGCCGCGCUGAAGGAAAAGAACCUCGCGAUUUUGAUCAUCAGCCACAGCCUCGACCAGGUCUUCCGUCUUGCCGACCGGAUUUGCGUCUUGAGGCGUGGACAACAGAUCGGCGUGCGCGAGACUGCCAAGACCGACAAGAACGAGAUCGUCUCCAUGAUAACAGGUGUUUCGGGAAAAUCCUGA